AUGUAUCAGCGAAAGCGAUGCUCGCUUCAAGAUGGAGGCCAUACUCAGCCUGGCAGGGUUUUUGAAAAACUCCCAACAUGGACUGAGAGGUUGUGGUGCUUGUUUGAGCUUGCCGCCUUCCUGAAAAGCAAGACUUCACAACAGCAGCACCUCAUCGUCAGGCCCGUCUUCAUGGGACCUCUUGCCAUCGCAGUCUAUCUUAUUUUUGCUGCUGUUGCAAUGCCAAUCGCAACAGUACCUAUCUACGACGAAAGAACAAUCGUGCAGCUGCUAUCGGUCAUUGUCUUCCGCGCGUUUGUGGUUGCAGUCCCGGCUGCCAGCACCAUCCGAAGCUACUUUCGCGACUUGGACACCAUGAAGCUACAGCUGUUGUUGAUCUCCGUGGAUUCUACAAGGAGUUCAUGCUGUGAUCUGCAUCAUGUGGGCCCUUCGGGCGAACCUAUGCUGUGCGACCGUAAGAUCGUGAAAGAGUGUGUGAAGAUUUGGUUUGGCAGCGAGCUAACUUUCGAGGACACAGUGCGCACCGAGGUUUUAGACAUUUUGGACCGUGAUCUUACCCAGAAGGUAUUCAGUACUCCAUGGUCUUUGGGAGUGACUUCCCCGGUCAUUCUGGCCUUCAUGGACGUCUCUGCUAGCUGGGCUGAGCAUGAGUGGAAUCUCUGGGCACAUCCUUCUCCUUCGCUUCUACUCGGAGGGUUGGUGAUUUGGUUCCUAUUCGUCCCAGCCAACAAGGAUCUCUUGAUACUUUUGCUAAGGCUUGGUCGGCAGAGACCGAGGAGUAACUGUCUAGAGCUCCUUAAGACGCUUUCGGUGUUGGCAGCAGCAGCUGUCCCUGUCCUUGUAUUGGCUGUAGCUUAUGGCCUCACUCGAUUUUCAGAUCUUGUUGUUUUCGGCAUUGCUGCAGGUAAUCCCAUGCUUCGAGCGGUGGGGUUUGCAUUCUGCACACUGCUUAUAUCACUGUGCAACUUCCUCGUAGGACUUGGGUAA